CAGAAUCUCUCCUCCUCUUGUCUUUGCUCCUGCAGCUCUUAUCUUUCUGAACUCCUUCCACACUUUGACACACCGCUGCGCUACAAAAAUGUCCACGGUUGGCAAGGUCAUCAAGUGCAAGGCAGCAGUGGCCUGGGGGCCAAACGAGCCCUUGAUGAUGGAGGAGAUUGAAGUAGUCCCACCCCAGGCCAACGAGGUCCGCAUCAAGAUUGUGGCCACCGGGUUGUGCCACACAGACCUGUAUCAUCUGUUUGAGGGUAUGCACAAAGACGGCUUCCCAGCAGUCCUUGGCCAUGAGGGAGCCGGCAUCGUGGAGAGUGUUGGGCCUGGAGUCACUGAAUUUCAGCCAGGGGACAAGGUGAUUCCUCUGUUCAUCUGGCAGUGUAGAGAAUGUCGCUUCUGCAAGAGUCCCAAAACCAACCAGUGUGUCAGAGGAUGGGCUGUAGAUCGCCAUAAUGUGAUGGCAGCCCCAGAGUCCAGGUUUACUUGUAAGGGGAAAAAGGUGCUGCAGUUUAUGGGAACCAGUACCUUCUCUGAGUACACUGUGAUGAACCAGAUGGCUGUGGCUAAGAUUGAUCCAGCUGCCCCUCUGGACAAAGUCUGUCUCCUUGGCUGUGGGGUCUGCACAGGAUAUGGAGCAGCAGUUAACACUGCUAAGGUGGAACCAGGCUCCACAUGUGCUGUGUUCGGCCUGGGAGCUGUGGGUUUGGCUGCAGUCAUGGGCUGCAAAGCUGCAGGAGCCAAAAGGAUUAUCGCUGUUGACAUCAAUCCAGAGAAGGCUGAGAAGGCCAAGGUGUUCGGCGCGACUGACUUCGUGAACCCCAAGGAUCACAAUAAACCAAUCAGUGAAGUGCUGUGUGAGAUGACUGACGGAGGAGUGGACUACUCCCUGGAAUGUGUCGGGAAUGUGGGAGUUAUGCGCAGUGCCUUGGAGUCUUGCGUGAAAGGCUGGGGUGUGAGCGUGAUCGUUGGCUGGACAGACAUGUACGACGCUGCCAUCCGACCCAUUAACCUCAUCAGUGGACGCACAUGGAAGGGCUCCCUAUUUGGAGGAUUUAAGAGUAAGGAUGGUGUGCCACAGAUGGUUAAAAACUACCUGGACAAGAAGGUGGAGCUGGACGAGUUCAUCACUCACAAAAUGCCUUUGGCCCAAGUCAAUGAUGCCAUUGAGCUGAUGAAGCAUGGCAAAUGUAUCCGGACAAUCCUGAGUGUUUCUCCAGAAUAAGACCAUUGUGUCUGCAGCUUUUUGUAUCAAAGCUCAAAACAACAUUCAAGCUCAUAAUAAAGACAUCUCUGAAA